UACUUCAAAUUAAAACUGAUUGUUAUAAUUGUGUUAAGAAAAGUAUCAUUUGAUAUGAAAGGACACGUUUUGAUGAACUCGUAUGACGUGUUGACCACUUAAUUAUUUCAUAUUAUAUAUCCUAUUAAUUAUUGGAUAAGUCAUAUGAUAUUGGUGUGGAUGAUCCACAUGGAACAAAUGGACUUGAUCAAUUUUGUAAUUUAGACAAUGUGAUCAUUAAUUGAUGUAUUUUUCUAAAUAUUUUAAGUUAAAUACCGUUUUCCUUUUGUAUCAAUGUCUGGAUGGGUGUGUACUACCAAAAAGAUAACGAUUGAAUGCAACCAUAAUUUUAUUUUAAUACUUAUGUGGACAGCAAUUGUGGUUUAGUUGGCAUUUAGUGACACUAAGAGUUAUACUCACAAUUUUAUCAAAGAAAUUUGUUGCAAUUACCUGAAUCUUGUGAUCAUAGAUUAAAUAAAUGGCUUCAUUUAGAGUUAGUUUAGACGUAAACUGUGAUAAAUUGGAUUUAAAUACAAUUAUUGAGAAGACAUGCGAAGAAUGUCCCUCAAUAUCAGUUAAAAUGACACCAAUUGAUGGAUCCGUCAAUAUGUUUGAAGUGACAUUGUCUUCAAGUAGUGAGUCUGUAACGUCAAAAUCUGAUGCCAUCUUUCGUAACUUAUUACCUGCCAAUGUAUUGACCUCAAGAUAUUCACCGAAUUCAAGGCAAAGUGUUGAUACUCUUAUGAAGUAUUGUUCAGAUAAUGAUUAUGUUAGACAUAGUUUCGAUUUGAUUAACAAAUCUUUAGACGAUUACAAACCUGAAGAGAUUUGCGUUGCCUUUAAUGGUGGUAAAGAUUGUACGGCUUUAUUACAUUUGGUUUACACUAUUUUCAUAACAAAAUAUCCGAACAAUUUAUUGAAUGUCUUUUUUAUAUCAAUUCCCGAUAUAUUUCCUCUGUUGGAUAACUUUGUACAACAAUCGGUUGAAAGAUAUAAUUUGAAUUUAAUAUCUUAUAGCGAAUCUAACUUUAAACUUGCUUUAAAAAAGUUAAAUACGGAAACUAAGAUAAGGUCUAUAUUUAUGGGAACUCGUAUUAGUGAUGUGCCUAAGCAUGUGAUGAUUAAGGAGUGCCAAAUGACUGAUCCGGAUUGGCCUCAAUUUCUUAGAAUAUGUCCACUACUUGACUGGUCUUACGGCCAAAUUUGGUGUUUCCUUCGCGACAAUCGCGUGCCUUACUGUUCGUUAUAUGAUUGCGGUUAUACAUCGAUCGGUUCGACUAACAAUACGACUCCAAAUCCAUUACUGAAAUUUAUUUCCCAUUCCGGCUGUACUUACUAUUGGCCGGCAUUUAUGUUAACCAAUGAAGAUCAAGAACGCAAUGGACGCACUCAUUAAUAGUUAUUUAUAUUAAUGUAUAAAUUU